AACACAUUACAUCUCACAUGAGAAAUUUCUCAUUUUAGUCAGCCAAAUAAUGAAAACAUCAAAUAAACAAGGUGAGAUCACCACAGCAAACGAUUAAUUUAUGCGUUUCGUCACUGGAGCUGUUCCAAUAAUAAUGUAUUCCGCUGGAACUCCGCCGAUGGUUGGACACGGGUACUGCCCAUAACGGCUCCACCCAAGUUCGGUUGCCCAGCAGCGAAUACCCGAAUAGUACUAUGGUGACGGUUGAGCUCAUGAAUAUUAAUUACGUAAAUAGAACGUUCGGCCAGUAAGCCUGACUGAUAAUCCUUAGCUUAUGAAUAUUAAUCAACACAACGAUAAGAUGCUCCAUGUAACGUCAACAUGCCCUGUUUAAUAAUUCAUAAGCUCAGCCAGUACAAUAGUAGGAUUCGUAAUGUCGCUCCCCGGCAGAGUCAUGGAUGCUCAGUUGAACGCGGGGAUCGAGAGUCGAUCACAUCGCAGGACUGGAAGCGGAGCUUGUGGGAUUUAUGAGACUCAUUGCUAAAUAGUUUAUCCUGACAGCAUCCACACGGACUGGAUCCGCGCGCAGAGACUGACGCAUCUCAUCACAUCGAUGAAACAAAGCGUUUGUUUUGCGAAACGCACUAGUGGAAUCAAAAUGUCAGAUGCAGCUAGCGGUAUUGGAGCUUACGGACGCCAAUAGACCAUUGUUAUUGUUUUUAUGCAAACGGAUUGUCUGUUAACGCGGGACGUGACGUUUAGGUGCACGCGUUUUGAUUUAAAAUUUUUUGAAAGAGCCAAUAAGUUGCGCGUGGACUUGGAUGGAUAGCAGGUGCAUGAACGCAUCACCUAUAAAAGGGAUUCUUCACUCAUGGUUAUUAGUGUUUAAGCUCCGCGACAUAAUAUCUGAUUAUAAAGCAGCAUUUAUUUAAUUUCAGUGUUUUUUUUCCUAUCGCAGUGGGAUAAGGUAGCAGUCGCGUGAUGUUCAAAUUUACUGUUGCAUACUAAAUCAAUACAUCUGCUCGUAUUUAAUUAGAAAUUGUUGCUUACAUCAAGUGUCUUAUGCAUUGUUUAUUUUUAAUUAUCUAGAUAUAUACUGUAAAAAAUUGCUGCCUUAAUUCUGAAGUCAAUUCAAAGUGGUGCUAAAAUCACUUAUACUGUGCAGUGAUAAGUUCAUUGCACAUAAUUGACCACUUUGAAGAUAAUUAUUCAUAAAGAAAAGUAUAAAUUAAAUUAUUGUUACGAGUUAAAUCAAAGAUGUAAGCACUGUAUAUAAUUAUUUUUUGUGACACAAUCUUUUGUCAAAUCAACUUAACAAGAUAACAUAAUAUUUUGAGUUUCUGUUUCUUGUAUUAACUCAAAUUUUUAAUUUCAGUGAACUUAAAAAAGGCAACCAGGCAACUUACUUUUUUAAGUUAAACCAACAGUUCUUUCCAGUGUAUAGGAAAAUUCAUGCUAAAUAUCGCGUUUGUUAAUUGAUAUGGCUAAGUUUAUCGUGUUUGUUAAUUGAUAUGGCUAAGUUACAGGUUUAUAAGAAUGGUUUAUUGUUAUCAUGGCUGUUUGAGGUAUCCAAACAAAUCUAAAAUGCAUUUUGCACCUCAUCCUAGCAAGGGGCGACUUUGCAACUGAGGGUUCUGCAGUUAGACUGUGUUGUUUUUUGUUAAAUAAAUGCGAAAACGUAGUGUUAAAAAGUUAGGCUGGUCAUUUGAGCGAAAGCUUUAAAUCCAGAGGAUGAUCCUUUCUGGAGUGGCUGGACUGCUGUCAGAGCGGCUUUCACAAGAUUAACAGCCCUCUGCUCUUUUCUUUGCCUAUACGCCUACAAAAAAAAAAAAAAAAAAAAAAAAAAUUUUCCUGGACUAUUCUCCAUUUUUACCUAUUUUUAAAACUAAAUGGGACUUAAAUGAAGAUUUCCGGAGCAGCUGCAGUCUUGUUAUUGAUGCUCCUAUAAGACUCAAGUAACUAUACUGUCAGUAAUUCAGUGUUUAAAACGCGCCAAACUGAGAAGCAGCAUUUUUCUGCUGCUGUAUUAUGACAUUGUGACAUCAGGAAUCUUUUUUUUUUUUUGAAAUGUGCCAAGCGACUGACACCGAUUGUAAAUAUGACUUUGUGAUCAGAUGCUGCAAACAAAGUAGCAGCUAAGACUGAUUCUGCUGCUUUUUGGAGAAAUAUGACAUUGUCACGAAUUUGAGCGGCUCGGACUUUUAUUCUGCUGCUGAUGCAAAUAUGACAUUGUGAUAUCAGAAAUUUAGAUGCAAAAUAGAUCUGAGGCUGCUGCAAAUAUGACAUUGUGACAUCAGGAGUCUGUCUGUGAAGCGCCAGACUGAGGAGCAGCUGACACUCUCUUUUUGCUGCUGCUGCUGCUGAUGAUGCUGCAGCUGCGAAAAUGCUGCGAUUCCCUGUGAAGAAAAUACGAAAGCAGUUCAAACUUCUGCUACUGCUGGUGCUGCUUACUUUUGCCGUGUGGUUUACGUACCUGCACAUCAACCAGGGCAAAUCCAUCAAACUCCACUUCAACUAUGGGAAAGAUGGUGAGAGGCCAAUGGAGGGAACUGAUACCAGCCGUAAGAGAGACUCUCGUUCAUCCGAUAAGUACCGCAAAAGCGAAGAUGCCAGCAACAGCCAGGAGGAGGAAAACACACAGGAAGAUGAGCGCAACGCUGGCACCGUUCAUGACAGAGAUCAAGCUGAAAUCCGCAAGUUGCUCACACAGAAGUACAAAAAGUUGCCAUGGAAACCAGAGUUUAAAGGUCAAGCGAACCUCCAUGUGUUUGAAGACUGGUGUGGCUCCUCAGUCGCUCAGCUCAGGAAGAACCUGCAUUUUCCUCUCUACCCCCAUACGAGAACUACUGUAAAGAAGUUGGCUGUGGCUCCCAAAUGGAAGAACUACGGCCUGAGGAUAUUUGGAUACAUUCUACCUUACAAGGAUGGUGAUUUUCAGUUUGCGGUUUCUUCUGAUGAUAACUCAGAGUUCUGGUUGAGUUCAGAUGAAAGCCCUCUCAAUGCACGUCUGCUGGCCUAUGUGGGAAAGCUGGGAUCUGAGUGGACUGCUCCAGGAGAGUUUACCAAGUUCAGGUCUCAGGCAUCCAAGUCUGUGCAUCUCAUGGCCUCCAGACGAUACUACUUUGAGAUUCUCCACAAGCAGGACGACAAAGGCUCGGAUCACGUUGAAGUCGGGUGGCGCCCUUUCCUGCCAGGACUCAAGUAUGAGGUCAUUGAUUCCGCCUACAUCUCCUUGUACACAGAUGAGAGCAGUUUGAAGAUGAACCAUGUGGAUCACAUUCCUCAGUCGCUGGCCAGCCACAGCCCCGUCCCAGCAGAGACCCACACCCACAGCCAACACGGCGCCGAUAUGCUGCAACCGGACCCCCGCGACACCUUCUUCAACAUCCCCAUGAUUGACCCUGCUCAUCUUGAAAAUGUAUUGCCUGCCUGUCUCUACUCGCCAACAUACGUGGUCAAAGACUUCCCUAUUGCCCGCUAUCAAGGCCUUCAGUUUGUUUAUCUUUCUUUUGUCUAUCCCAAUGACUUCACCCGCCUCACCCACAUGGAAAGAGAAAACAAGUGCUUCUACAGAGAGUCGCCCAUCUAUCUGGAGAAGUUUGGCUUCUAUAAAUACAUGAAGAUGGAUGAGGAGGAAGAUGACAGGCCAUUCUUCUUCCCUAAUCCUGAUGAUUUUCUUGAAGAAGAAGAGGGGGCAGAUCCUGAUGAUGAAGCACAAUUUGUUGGCACCCAGUCAGCAAAGAAGACUGUCCAAGCUAGCCAAUCAAGUCACACCUUAAGCCCUUCUGAUAAGCCUGUUCCCACAAUGCUGGAGAGAAACGAGGUAGAGUCAGACAAUUCAGCAUUGAGGAGAGAGCAAAGGCACUUUUUCACAAGUGCAAGGCAAGUGGUUGGGGCUCAACAUCAAAAGACAGACCAAGACACUCUAGACCAUCAGGCUAAGGUGGGGUUACCAAAAAGUGAGAGUGUGGUACGAGGUCGUUCUCUCACUUGGGUUCAAAGAGACCGCCGGGACUUCAGAGAGGGUUGGUCAGAAGAUCGUUCUCCCAAAAUAAGCCGAUCAGCUUUGCUAUUCCCGCCGAAAUCCUCAUUGGUAGCUCUCAACAGCCGAGCCAAGCAAAUCCUCAGCAGUCCUGCCCACACCGUCCCUUCCCCAGGUAACAAUCACGCUCAUGACAACAGCCACAAUCCUGGAAACAGCCACACCAACAAGGAACGCAAGAAGGAAGACAACAAAAUUUACGUCACAAGACCUCGACCUGCUAAGGAGAAGCAAAGUCCUGUUUCACGCCACCCAAGAGAGGUCUUCCCUGGCGUUUUCCUGUACCAGAAUGGCAAAACAACAAAGCUGGUGAACCUCAGUGCCAAACCAAAGCUCAGCAAAGGACCUCUACGUGCAUCCCAGUUAUUUGCACGGUCCCCUAUGCAGGAGAACAAGGUCUUUCCAGCUAGCCCCAACUUCAGCAAGCCAGCGGAAAAUCCUAUGGCCCCAAACAGAGCAGCAAUCCCGAGUCGUUUUGAGAGGAGGAUACGAGGUGUCUGGGAAAAACACCCCCAUCCUUUGAGGCCCAUAACAACCUCUCGACCACCUCCUGCUCCCACUCCUCCGUCCGCUAACUCCUCUGAGAACGUGCUUCCAACCGAGCCUCUCCAUGUCACUUCCUACUUACACACUUCCGAGAUUACUGAGUCCCAACAGCAGCGGCCAGACACAGACCCUGAACCAGAGGAGGAAGGAGGCCUAUCGGAGUACAGCUAUGAGGAUGUGGAGCCUCGCCCUGGGUGGGCGGAGGAGUCCAUUAAUUGGCAGAGGACAUUUUCCGUCAACAGCAUGGACUUUGAGACAUUGCGCUCUGACUGGAACGAUCUUCGGUGCAAUGUGUCUGGAAACCUGCAGCUAUCUGAGAGCGAAGUGGUGGAUGUACUUGCGCAGUACAUGGAGAAACUCAAUGAACGCAAUGGAGGGAUUUACACUCUCCUCCGAAUCAUAAACGUAGAAAAGCGGCGUGACUCUGCACGCGGUAACCGUUACCUGAUAGAGCUGGAACUAAUGGAAAGAGGCCGUAAAGUGGUCCGUCUUUCCGAAUACAUCUACAUGCUGUUGCACCAUGGCCGGGUAGAAGACAGUCUGGAGAAUGUAGAAGGGGUCACAGCAUCAUCUCCCUCUUCCCCUGUCGCCAGCCCACCUGCUCCCCCAUCUCGCACACCUACCCGUGGGGCCCACACCACCCCACAGUGGGGCACGGUGUAUGCCAAACCCCUGCUGUGCCAGCCAGUGAUGCUGCAGUGGAGAAAGGAUGUCAUGGUGCAUUUUGUGGUGCCAGUGAAGAAUCAGGCUCGUUGGGUUCAGCAGUUCAUUUCAGACAUGGAGCUCCUGCACCGCGAGACCAAGGACAACAAUUUCAACAUCAUCAUCGUGGACUUCCAGAGUGAAGACAUGGAUGUGGAACAGGCCCUCAGAGAAAGCUCUGUUCCAAGAUACGAGUAUCUGAGGAGGGAAGGAAACUUUGAACGUUCUGCCGGGUUACAGAUCGGUGUGGACACCAUAGAGGACAGUCACAGUAUCGUGUUUCUGUGUGACCUGCACAUUCACUUCCCUCUGAACAUCCUGGAGAACAUCAGGAAACACUGUGUGGAGGGCAAACUGGCCUUCGCUCCUAUUGUCAUGAGGCUGGGCUGUGGGAGCUCACCGCAAGAGCCUGAUGGUUACUGGGAGGUAAACGGCUUCGGCCUGUUUGGGAUCUACAAAUCAGAUUUUGACAAGAUUGGUGGGAUGAACACAGAGGAGUUUAAGGACCGCUGGGGAGGAGAAGACUGGGAACUACUGGACAGAGUUCUACAAAACGGCCUGGAGGUUGAGCGGUUAAGACUGAGAAACUUCUUUCACUACUAUCACUCUAAAAGAGGCAUGUGGAACUCCCAGUCCAGUAAAACUCCUAAAGGAUAAAACUGAACCUCGCUGAGAGACUUC